AGUUGACUGGACGCGCUCGUGGAACGCACUUGGAUAGCUCCUCUCUGCAUAAUACCUGCCGAGUAGCUACCUACCACUUGUACCUUCUCUUGUUACUGACAAGCAAUUGAUUUGCGGCCCAAAUCUAAUCGCAGUGAAAGUGGAUUACUGAUUAGAAAAUCGAGGAGUGCGAACACCAGGUGCCCCCCCAAUCGGAUUCAGGGUUCAAUGUUUAGUCUCUCGAUAGUCGUGGUUGCGUUCGAGUGCGGAAACUAGUCGUCAGCCGUCGGCAUGGGUAUCAAGGUCAAGGAAACGACCCCGGAGCAGAUCGAGGAGCUGCGCGAGAGGUUUAAUAGCAAGUACGCCUCGUCACCGCCACCAGAGCCCUUCCAUCCCGUUGAUAUCGAUCGUAUUCGGAAUGAUCAUAUUUGGCUGCAAAGGUUCCUGGAGAUGCACGACCUGGACAUGGAUGCAUCCUUUACCAAGCUGUGGGAGACCUGCAUCUGGCGGCAGUCCUAUGGGGCCAAUGAUCUCGAUGAAAGCAAACUGAACCAGGAAUACUUAAAAGAAGGAUCGAUAUUCGUACACAGCUCUGACGGAGAUGGCAAGCCGUUGCUGGUUUUCCGCGUAAAUCUUCACAAGAAGACCAAGAACCUGGACGAACUGAUCCGCAUCGUGGUCUACUGGGUAGAGAGAACCCAGAGGGAGCAGCACAUGACCCAGUUAACCAUCUUCUUUGACAUGGCUGGAACUGGCCUGGCCACUAUGGACUUGGACUUUGUCAAGCGCAUUGUGGAGACCUUUAAACAAUACUAUCCUAAUACUCUGAAUUACAUUUUGGUUUUUGAGCUGGCCUGGGUUUUAAAUGCCGCCUUUAAGGUAAUCAAGGCCCUGCUGCCGCCAAAAGCCGUUGAAAUCCUGAAAAUGAUAUCGAAAAAGGAAAUCAACCAGUAUAUACCCAAGCCCAACUGCCUGGUCAGCUGGGGUGGCGAUGACAGCUACGAGUUCAGCUUUGAGCCGGAGGUAAAAAAAUUGCCAGCCAAGUCGCCGGCAAUUGCCAAUGCCACGGAUGAUGACCAGUUCGCGGACAGAAAGGUCACCUUUGCCAAUACCGCUCCCAUGGUCCUCAAGGAGUCCAACAUCGGCGAAAUGCACACUCCCUCGGAGGGUAUGUUGCGCGUGGAUCCCAAGGAUUUUGUAAACUUCAAUUCCAAAAAUGCAGAGGCCACGUUGAACCUCAAGUCUGUAACAAAUUCAGCCAUCACAUACAAAAUUCAGACAACGUCGCCGGAGAAGUUUAGGGUGCGACCACGAUGCGGCGUUAUACAGCCAAACCAGGCUGCGUCUAUCAACAUCUGGCUUAAAUCGGAGCACCAGCUCACCGACGACAAGGAUAAGUUUCUGGUGAUGGCGAUGGUGGCUCCUGGACCGGAGUGUGGCGGUACCGAUGUUGCAGAUCUGUGGCGCAACAAAGCCUCCAGUGCUGCAGACGUGGAGCAGCAUCGUCUCGUUUGUCGUUUCGAUGGAAAGGGCGCUGGUGGAGGCAGUGGGUUGCAGGUGGCGAAGUCUGAUUGCGCCGGCAAAGCCAGCAAAACUAGUGUAGAUUGCAAGAAAUCCGGUGUGUCAAACGAUCCGGCUGAGGUAAUGGCACGACAGCUGGCAUUUACCCAGAACCUACAGUAUGUGACGCUGGCCCUACUCGUACUGCUCUUUGCCGGCUUUGGGUUUCUGAUGUAUCAACAGCUUGGACUUCACGGCUCCACUUGUGGCCAUCACAGCUCCCAUGGCCACAAAUCGGCGGCGUUUUCCUGCCCCAAGCGAAAAUAAUAUUUACUUUCGCCGUGUAAUAUGACCAGGCCGGAGCCGAACGAUGUGGAGCUCGACAACAACAACGACAAACAUAAGGAACACUUCAGCAACCGUGACUGCCGUGAGCUGGAGAAUUGCGCCUGCGCCCUUGACUUGCUGGAUCUGGGGCUAGAGUGCGACCUGGUGGAUGGUGAUGGCGAGUGCCUGGAGGCCCUCAUCCAGGCGCAGCUGCAGUUGUGUCGCAGCUGCCUUGGUGGCGGUGAUCGGCAGCUGGGCGGCGUCGCUGCCGGCGGCCAUCUGCUCGGCUUGAUCGCCUUCGCUAGGAAGCUAAUGCGUCUCGCCCUCUCGUUGUCAUUGUUGUGCGGCAUCUUGUUCAUAAGCUUCUACCUGGGCAGCAACUAUGGCGGAAAUACCGCCACCACCACCACAUCGCUAGCCACAGUCAACUCAGGAGCCAGAGGCAGUAGUCAGCCAUGUUACUACACGUAAUCAAGCCAAAACCCACACCUGGUGGGUCGAUUUGCAAGAAAUUGUAGUUUCAAAUAUUUUAAGCCAGGAGUUUUAAAGUACUUAUGAAAAUGGGGUAUGAAGUUCUGACCUGAAUUUUACUCUAAGAUCGCAGACGCUGGCAUCCGCCACCGUUUCUUAGAAUUCUACCCAGAUUACUAUUCAACCAAAUCGACCCAUCCCUUGAAAUAUAUAUACAUAUUUAUACAUAUAUAUGUACGUCUUCAGAUCAAUAGUAAAUUAACGAUUUCGUGUUUCAUGGCUCAUGGCUCGCUCCGCUUCAUCCCAGCUCCAUAUUUGUAGCUCGUUGUCGGUAAUCUCCGCAUUCCUCCCCGCCUGAGCCAAGAAUUUAUGUUAAA